AUGCUAUUUGGCGGGUCCCUUGUGCAGUCCAUCUUGGGCGUGUCUAUUGCGACUCCAUCCUACCAGAACCUGACCUCUCUAUUCGGGCCUCAUCUUUCCCCCCAGGCUCAGAUUAUUCUUCCUACCGAUGAUACGUUUGGAUCGCAGUUGACCCAGCGCUGGACGGACUAUAAUAAGCCCUCGUACAUUGGUGCUAUCAAGCCAGCGACCGAGAGUGAUAUUCAAAAGAUCGUCGAGAUCUCUGCCGCGAACAAACUCCCAUUCUUCACAACCGGAGGAGGCCAUGGAAUCUCCAAUUACUCCAGUUUCGACGGUCUCUCGAUUGAUCUCAGCAACUUCCGCACGACUGAGCUGGAUACCGAGAACAACCUACUGACCAUCGGCGGCUCCACCAAGGUCGACCAACUGCUCGAUCUGCUGUGGGACAAUAAGAAGGAGCUGCCGCUUGGUUCAUGUGAAUGUGUCGGCGUUGUCGGCGCAACCCUCGGCGGGGGCAUCAGCUCGCUCCAGGGCGUGCGCGGUCUUCUCCUUGACGCUCUGGAGUCUGUUCGAAUCGUCACAGCUACAGGCGCUCUCGUGAGGGCAUCGAGGACAGAGAAUCCAGACUUGUUCUGGGGCCUCCGAGGGGCAGGCAGCAACUUUGGAAUCGUCACGGCUGCCACUUAUAAAGUGUUCGAUCUGACGAACGAUGGCGAGGCCAUGAAUGCAGAUUUCGUCUUUCCUGCCAGUGCGAAUCGGACCUUCUUCGAGAUCAUGCGCUCGUUCGAUAAUGAUCUUCCAAGAGAGUUUGGAAUUACGGGGGUUGGGCUGUUUAACCGGAGCAGCAAUGAGCCAGCCAUUGCCGUCAAUGUAAUCUACUACGGACCCCAGUCUGUCGGCGAGCCCUACAUCCAGCCUCUGAAGGACCUCAACCCGACCAUGGUGAACAUCUCGACGGUCACAUCCAGGGACUUGAUGGACGCUGCAUUCUUCUCGUUUUUUGGAGGAAACAAUGGCGCUUGUGUCCCCAAUCAGCACAUCAACAUCUACACCGUGGCCUUGAAGCAAAUCCACGUCCCAACGUUUGAAUCCUUUUUUGCCAAGCUCGACGACUUCUGGAGGACAUUCCCCGACUACCAAGGCCGACUUCUUCUGCAGAAAUACGGAACAGACGCUGUCGUCGACAUUCCUGAUGAAGAGUCUGCAUAUGCGCAUCGGGAGGUGACGACCUUUAUGAAUAUUGAAGGUUUCUACACGGAUCCCACCAUUGACGAUGCAGUCGACGCGUUUGUGGGCCCGGCAAGAGAUGAGUUUGCAAGGUGGUCUGGGUUUGAUGAGCUGAGUGUAUAUUCCAACUAUGCUCGUGGCGAUGAGGGCGCGUCUGCUUGGUAUGGACAGAGAAAGCUGGCUGAGUUGACCAGGCUGAAGCAGAAGUGGGAUCCUCAGGGACUAUUUAGUGUACAUAAUCCCGUACCUGUGGUUGCUGACCGUGAAGAUCUGUGA